UGAGGACAAUCCGCGUUCUGCAGCUGCGCUCUUGCUGCUCUGUCCGUGUUCGCUCACCAAACUGCAAUAAGGGGAAUAUAAGGAACUGGAAGGAAAGCCUCCGGCUGGCACAUAGUCACCAGUCCGGUCACCUCGGCACUUGCCAUGGAGCACCGCGGUGGCGGCUGAUCCCCCCCCCAGUGUCCGGGAUCCACCGGGCUCGUCUCAACUGUGUUUUUUUUUUUUUUCCAGCCAGCGUGUGUGACCGGGUUAAGCAGCGCCACCUAAUAAUAGCGCCUCCUAAUUAUAAGGCUGACGAUGCCGACCUCCUGGGCUCGGUUUUCUCCGUCCAGGGCCUCCUGUCAGAAUAAUGGCAACGAUACGGACCGGCGGAAAAUAUGGGCCGAGCUGUUCGAGGAGCUGGACCUGAAUAAAGACGGUCGGAUUGACGUGACGGAGCUUCGGCAGGGGCUGCUGGCGAGGGGUCUGGCGGUCCGCAAUCAUGCUGAGGAGGAUAUCCUACGAGCAGGUGACACCAAUUUGGAUGGCCAGCUGGACUUUCAGGAGUUUGUGGAGUACCUCAAGGAGCACGAGAAGAAGCUGAGAUUGAUGUUCCGCAGCCUCGACAAGAACGACGAUGGUGAGAUCGAUGUGUCGGAGAUCCUGCAGUCGCUCCAAGGCCUGGGGUUGUGUGUGUCCCAACAGCAGGCGGAGAAGAUCUUGAAGAGUAUGGACAAAGAUGGGACAAUGACUAUCGACUGGAAGGAAUGGAGGGAUCACUUUCUCUUGAAUCCUAUCACAAACAUGGAAGAGAUUGCCUACUACUGGAAGCACUCGGUGGUUCUGGACAUUGGCGAGUCUCUCACGGUGCCCGAUGAGUUCUCGGAGAAGGAGAAGCGCACGGGCAUGUGGUGGAAGCAGCUGGUGGCGGGUGGCGUGGCAGGAGCCGUGUCCCGUACCGGCACGGCGCCGCUCGACCGACUGAAAGUCUUCAUGCAGGUGCAAGCACACAAACACCGCAGCUACAACGUCUUGAAGGGCCUGCGAGGAAUGGUGCACGAAGGGGGCUUCCGUUCUCUCUGGCGUGGAAACGGAAUCAACGUGCUGAAGAUCGCCCCCGAGUCGGCCAUCAAGUUCAUGGCUUAUGAGCAGAUCAAGAGGGCUAUACGGGGUAACGAAGGCACCCUACAAGUGCAUGAGCGGUUUGUUGCGGGGUCUUUAGCUGGAGCCACAGCACAGACUAUUAUUUACCCCAUGGAGGUCCUGAAAACGCGCCUGACUUUGAGGAAGACUGGUCAGUACGCGGGCACGGCAGACUGCGCUCGUCAGAUCCUGCGCAAGGAGGGCAUUCGAGCCUUUUAUAAGGGCUAUGUUCCCAACAUGCUGGGCAUCAUUCCAUAUGCUGGCAUAGAUCUGGCUGUCUAUGAGACCCUGAAGAACACGUGGCUCCAGAAUUACAGCCAGACGUCUCCGGACCCUGGCGUUUUGGUCCUCCUGGCCUGUGGAACGGCAUCCAGCACUUGUGGACAACUGGCCAGCUACCCGCUUGCUCUCGUCCGGACCCGAAUGCAGGCACAAGCUUCACUGGAGGGAGAGCCGCAGCUCAGUAUGGUGGGCCUGUUCCGGCAGAUCGUAUCGCGGGAAGGAGUGUUUGGCUUGUAUCGAGGCAUCGCGCCCAACUUUAUGAAGGUGAUCCCGGCCGUCAGCAUCAGCUACGUGGUGUAUGAAAAUAUGAAGCUGGCCUUGGGAGUCGUGUCAAAGUGAGAGUGUUAACAACGGUGGUCCCAGUUAAGGUCUUCAUCCCCGUCGGGCACUGGAGAAGGACCGGGCAGAUCCUGCAGGGAAUCGGCUUCAGUGUUCAGAUUGUCUCCCCCUCCGUUGAGCCAAGCAGGACGCACAAGAGGUGGAAUGAAAGGUGUGCUGCCCGCUAGUGACAGUGUGGCAUUUCUGCACAUAUACUGAAACAUCUGCAGAUGGCAAGCCAUCUCUGAACCUCGUUUUGCUCUCGGCAAUAAUAUCAAAUAUUCUUUUUUUUAUUAUUUUUAAAUAAGCAUAUGCACCUUGAAAGCCACUCGUCGCCCCCAUCAUUUCCUGGGCCUCAUUUCUUUGCCACACAAAUUUUUUAUUAGAAGAUUUUAAACCUAGGCAGCAUGCUGGCAUAAUGGUUGGCACUUGCAUCUUGUCCUGGGUUCAGUUCCAGCUGUCUUUAUUUUUUUCGGCUCUUGUCACAUCCUAAAGACGCGCCAACUGGAUGAACUGGUAACUCCAACCUAGCCCAGUUAGUGAGCAGGUUUGGUUUUUACCGUAAGUUGGCCCUGCUGUAGAUUUCAACUCCUGUCCCAGGGUUGGUCCUGCCUUGUGCCCAGUCCUGCUGGGAUUGACUAGGGCUCGGGUAAUGGAAUGAAGAGAAGAUGAAUGGAUGGAAACUUCUGGCUGGCUGGCUGGCAUCUCACCACCGCCAGAUGCCCGGGCUUCAAACGUGGUCAAGUCAAUGCAUGGCAUUUGUGUUUUCACCACUUGAGAGUGACUGGUGACUUUAAAAUUGGCCCAGUGUGCAUGCCCUGGCAUCUCACUUGGGGUUCGUCCUACCUUGUGCCCAGUGCCAACGGGCACCACCAGGGACUUGCAGCUCCUUAUAACCCACUAAUGGAUGGACACUGAAACGUGACGAAUACUUGAUGCCUACUCUGGCAUGAAUGUGAAAGGACUUAACCUACAAAACACUGCCAGCUUUUAAUGCCAGGGUGUUUCCUAUCAGGGACUAAACUGAACACCUGAUUUAUUUUUCUUUCCGAAAACUUGGGCUCCACCGCACUCCUUCUUCCUCUUUCUACUGAGACGCCACCACAGCACGACGAGACCUCGGGCCUCAGGGGCUUUGACGUCAGACAACUUGAAGAAACGAUUUUUUUUUAUUUGGUUUUCCUGCCCACUCCAAACGUUCAUUAGAUGAGCCAAGUGCCUCCCGUUGAUGACGUGGUGGUCGUCGAUGUCCGCUAUUAAUGUCCUGAAACUGAAAGAAGAAGAAGGAAAUGCCAAGUGGGUGGCCAAGGUGCGUGUACAGCUCAGCUGCAUGCGUUUGCACAAACUCUUGAAUGUGUUUGGAGAUCCUUGAACUUGCGGACCACCUGCCCUAUAGAAUGAACAAGAAACUUCCAGAAAAGAAACGGGAGAGACUCCAUGUCAUAAAACCAAAAUGGAAGUGAUGACGUCCUGUGGCCUCCCCGAUACCCCGUCUUGUCACCAGGAAAGCACCGCUAGUGGAAAACGUGGCAUGGGAUUCAAGUGUCGCUGUCGUAUCUCCUGUUCACCGGUUGCCCAAGACCCCUACAGUUAGUUGCGGAUAGGAAGCUUAUGAGGCUUAAAGAGGUCACCGUUACUUAAAAGCGAGCGCCGCUAAAGCGUGACGGCCAACUCGGGAGAGGCGAAUGUGACGAUGAGGAUGCUGAGGGAUGGCAUGUCAAAGAUACCAAAGCCCACUGCAACCAAAAAAAAAAAAAA